AGGCCGGCCGGCACACGAACAGAACAAAGCCUCUCCUCGCCUGGCCUAAAGGGAAAAAAACAGAGGAAGCAGAGUAGCAGGCCGUCAAAUCUUAUAGCCGUCGUCGUGUACUCCCCUCUUCCGCAAACCCCCGGAGUCAGCGAGGGCGAGGAUGGCGGCGGGGGCGAGGCGGACGCGGGAGCUGCUGCGGCCGGUGGACGCGGCGCAGGCGCUGGACGAGGCGGCGCUGCUGCGGUACGCGGCGGCGCACGUCCCGGGCUUCCCUUCGCCCGCGCCUUCGCUGGCGCUCUCGCAGUUCGGCCACGGCCAGUCCAACCCCACCUACUGCCUCGAGGUCUCCGUGCCAGGAGGAGGAGGGGAGACGAGGAGGUACGUGCUGCGGAAGAAGCCCCCCGGCGCCAUCCUCCAGUCCGCCCACGCCGUCGAGCGCGAGUUCCAGGUUCUCAAAGCUUUGGGUGCUUACUCAGAUGUUCCCGCCCCUAAGGUGUUCUGUCUUUGCACCGAUGCAAGCGUGAUCGGAACCCCUUUCUAUAUAAUGGAGUAUCUAGAAGGAAUAUUGUACCUUGAUACCAAGUUGCCGGAAACAACACCUUCUAAAAGGAAGGCUAUCUAUUUUGCUGCUGCCAAAACUUUGGCUGCUAUACACAAAGUUGAUGUGGCUGCAGUUGGAUUGCAAAAGUAUGGGAGAAGAGACAAUUAUUGUAAAAGACAGGUAGACAGAUGGGAGAGGCAAUAUCUUCAUUCGACUGGUGAAGGGAAGCCUGCACGUUACCCUAAGAUGCUUGAUCUGGUUCGUUGGUUGAAAGAAAAUGUACCAGAAGAAGAUUCAUCAACAGGAUUAGGAACUGGCCUUGUUCACGGUGAUUAUCGUGUUGAUAACCUUGUUUUUCACCCAACAGAGGACCGAGUAAUUGGUGUACUAGAUUGGGAACUAUCUACUUUGGGGAAUCAGAUGUGUGAUGUUGCUUACAGCUGUAUGCAAUAUAUUAUUGAUUCAACACCCACCGAAAAUAGUUCUUAUGGAGGAUUUGAGCGCUCUGGCAUUCCAGAUGGCAUCCCUCAACUGGAAGAGUACCUUGCUGUAUACUGCUCCAUGUCUGCAAGACCCUGGCCUGUGGCAAAUUGGAAAUUCUACAUUGCAUUUUCAUUGUUUCGAGGGGCAUCUAUCUAUGCAGGAGUAUACCACAGAUGGACGAUGGGUAAUGCUUCAGGUGGUGAACGUGCUAGAUUUGCUGGCAAGGCGGGCAAUGCUAUGGUUGACUGUGCCUGGAAUUACAUAAAUAGAGAAAAUGUCUUGCGAGAACAGCCUGCCACAGUAGUAGGCAUGCUUGUCUCGAAAGCUCCACGGCAAGAAUUCCACAGAGAGCAGGAAGGUUCAACUUCAACUAAUGGCCAAGGCAGAUUUGUUCCUAGCGAAAAGGUUAUGCAGCUCAGGGAAAAAAUAAUGAAGUUUAUGAAAGAUCAUAUAUACCCCAAGGAGGAUGAAUUAUACAAACAUGCACAAUCAACCUCGCGGUGGACAAUCCAUCCAGAAGAAGAAAAUUUGAAAGCACUAGCAAAAGAGGAGGGACUGUGGAACUUGUUUAUUCCGCUUGACAGUGCAGCUAGAGCAAGAGAACUACUACUUGAGGACCGAUCUCAUAUUUCUCCUGGAAGUUCCGAUGAUCUUUUGCUAGGUGCGGGACUCACAAAUCUUGAGUACGGAUAUUUAUGCGAGAUUAUGGGCCGAUCAGUUUGGGCUCCACAAAUAUUUAAUUGUGGUGCACCCGAUACGGGUAAUAUGGAGGUUUUGUUGAGAUAUGGAACUAAGGAACAGCAGAAGCAGUGGCUCGUUCCUUUACUUGAAGGGAAAAUUCGUUCUGGAUUUGCAAUGACAGAACCACAAGUUGCAUCUUCCGACGCAACAAAUAUAGAAUGUGCAAUUUCCAGACAAGGAGAUUUCUAUGUGAUAAAUGGCAAGAAGUGGUGGACCAGUGGGGCUAUGGACCCAAGAUGCAAAAUCCUGAUAUUAAUGGGAAAGACAGAUUUCUCAGCACCUAAACAUAAGCAGCAGUCAAUGAUUUUAGUGGAUAUCAACACUCCUGGAGUGCAGAUAAGGAGACCAUUAUUAGUCUUUGGUUUCGAUGAUGCGCCUCAUGGGCAUGCAGAAAUUACUUUUGACAAUGUGCGUGUUCCAGUCAACAAUAUCCUCCUUGGUGAAGGACGGGGUUUUGAGAUUGCUCAAGGAAGACUAGGUCCCGGAAGAUUACAUCAUUGUAUGAGACUAAUAGGAGCAGCAGAACGUGGCAUGAAUAUGAUGGUUGAGAGGGCCUUAAGUAGGACCGCAUUUGGAAAGAGGAUUGCACAGCAUGGUUCGUUUCAAUCAGACCUUGCAAAGUGUCGGAUAGAACUGGAACAGGCCAGGCUUUUGGUGCUUGAAGCAGCUGAUCAACUCGAUCGGCAUGGGAACAAGAAAGCCCGCGGGAUCCUCGCAAUGGCCAAGGUGGCAGCUCCAAAUAUGGCCUUGAAAGUGCUUGACAUGGCAAUGCAAGUCCAUGGCGCUGCUGGGGUCUCGUCCGACACGGUCCUAUCACAUCUAUGGGCAACAGCUAGGACACUGCGGAUCGCAGACGGUCCCGAUGAAGUCCAUCUGGGCACAAUCGCGAAGCUGGAGCUGCAAAGGGCAAGGCUGUAAGAGUAAGAAUGAUGUCGUUGAAUAACAGGGGGACAACAAAACCUCAGGAAAAUAAUAAUGACAGCAUCACAGCACACAGGUAGUAGGUAAUAAGUGGCGUUAAAUUCGUCCAUGUACGACUCCAGUUAGCCCUGUCGAUUGCACUGUUAUUUGUCCAAAGAGACCAACCCUGGCAGUACAGUUACAGGAGUACAAAUAACUCAACGAGUAUUGCAGAUCUGAACGCUA